UGUUAGAUAUUUUGCGUUGGAAUCAAGGGUUUGUUUCGUAAAUUCAGGGGCGUAUAAAUAAGGGAGCUUCAUAGCCGGAUAGACCUGCGUUCCGGCCGUUCGAGAAGCCAUCAGUCGUCCGGACUCCUGAGUCCAGCAAGCCAACCGAGAAAUAAGGCUUCCCUUGCGUCUCUCUCUCUCUCUCUAGUCUAGCCUCUAUAUAAUCUCUCUCUCUAGUCUAGCCUCCAUAUAAUCUCUCUCUUCUUUUCUACGGUUUCAGUUCAGACACGUUUGAGCGGGCAACUUCUCGAUCAGUCUUGAAGCAGAAUCAGCCGAACGAGAGGCGUGAACUAGAGACCGACGAGCAAAACAUCACGAAACCGGAAUUUGUAAGGAGUCCUUCGAGGAAUCUUGAAGCUCUGAAUUCCGCCUAGACAGCUUAAAUCCGUUUGGAAUUCGGAUUUCCUCAGGCUUUCGGGGGAUCCUGGAAAGAGUGCCGUUCAGUUCUGUGAAAGUCUCAACGACUUCACAGGAUUAGUGAAUUCUACUUUCAGAUAAUAAAUAUUUUAACUUUUACUGGAGAGGUUAUAAAAAGGUUGGCGGCUGACCACGGAUCGAAGCACCUUUAGUGGAUGUGUGCGAGUUUAAGCUCAUUUGGAAUUGGGGUUUAUGGGAAACAUGGAGAGGCUUCUGUUGUCUGUGCUGGCGGAGAGCCAGGCCGGAGGAGGGUCGGUGCUUACAACGAUGAAGUUUGCGGUCUUACCUAUAGCGAAGGUCUUCACAAUGUGCUUCUUGGGAUUUCUCAUGGCAUCCAAGUAUGUUAAUAUUCUACCCGCUACAGGACGCAAGCUCUUGAACGGGUUGGUCUUUUCACUUUUGCUUCCAUGUUUGAUUUUUUCUCAACUUGGACGAUCCGUCUCUCUACAGAAAAUUAUUGAGUGGUGGUUUAUUCCUUUCAAUGUAAUUCUGGCUACCAUAUCAGGCUCACUAAUAGGGUUAACUGUUGCAUCUGUUGUUCGGCCACCAUAUCCAUUCUUCAAGUUUACCAUUGUACAAAUUGGAAUCGGGAACAUUGGAAAUGUGCCCCUUGUCCUGAUUGCCGCUUUAUGUCGAGACAAAUCUAAUCCCUUUGGUGACUCAAAUAAGUGUAGACAAGAUGGAAAUGCCUAUAUCGCAUUUGGCCAAUGGGUUGGUGCCAUCAUUCUAUACACAUACGUAUUUCAGAUGCUCGCACCUCCACCAGAAGGUUCCUUUGAGAUUGAGGCUGGAAAUCUUCCAAUCAAGAACCCUCCGAAAAAUUGCACACCUGAGCAAGCUCCCUUGCUUACACAGGAGCCUGAGUCAAUGGAUUCAAAUAAGUCAAAGGGUGGAAAGAUUAAAGGUUUCUUGACCUUUUUAUAUGAGAAGUUGAAGCUCAAGCAAAUCCUUCAGCCUCCUAUCAUUGCUUCUAUCCUGGCAAUAAUAAUUGGGUGUGUACCGGUUUUGAAGCGCUUCAUCCUUACAGAUGAUGCACCACUCUUCUUCUUUACUGACAGUUGCAUAAUUCUUGGGGAGGCCAUGAUACCAUGCAUUUUGCUGGCGUUGGGUGGUAAUCUUGUAGAUGGGCCGGGAAGUUCAAAAUUAGGACUACGAACAACUGCUGCUAUUAUCUUUGGGAGGUUGGUUCUGGUUCCACCUGCCGGACUGGGGAUUGUUAUGCUAGCUGAUAAGCUUGGACUUCUACCAGCUGGAGAUAAGAUGUUCAGAUUUGUCCUUCUUCUCCAGCAUACAAUGCCUACAUCCGUGCUUUCUGGAGCUGUUGCCAAUUUAAGAGGUUGCGGAAGGGAGGCAGCUGCUGUUCUUUUCUGGGUGCACGUCUUUGCUGUCUUCUCAAUGGCUGGUUGGAUUGUUCUCUAUCUCCGCAUACUAUUCUGAGAGGAUAUAUAUAUAUGAAUUUACGAUUCCCCUGCCCUUGGUCAUGGCUUUGCGUUGGCGCGCUAUCAUUUUCUUACCAAGAUAAUAUGGUUUACAGUUUUUGUUGAUGAAAAAUAUAUAAUAUUAUCUUUUCGAUAUAAAUCUUUGCUGUGUAACCAUAAAUUUGUAGGAGCAGUACUGCACUUUACAAGGAGCGCCUUUGUUUAUAUAAGCAACUCUUUUUAGGGUGCUCCGUGUUCGAGAGGGGUCUUGCUCUUGCACUUAUUUAUUGCUCAAUUUUAGCCGGAGAACACAAGGCCCUUGGUUUCUAUAUCUUUUUUCCAUUGCUGUAAAUGCAAGCAGAGUUUGGUGGGAAUUUUGUCUGUGAUGAUGCAAA